AUGCUAUGGAAUGGGCCAGCACCAGUUGAACUUAUUAAAUUGUACUUCUCCAAGCUAUUCCAGUCGACAAAGGAAAUUGAAAACUUGAUUAGAGCUUCCGAAAACAUCUCCGUAGGAACGGUUCCUGGAGACAACCAACAUUUUGGUCCGGACCCAGAUGGGUUGACUAUUUUGCCUGACUCUAUCAGGAAGCGCUUAGUCGAUGCAGGCAUCGAUAUUUCCAAAGGAUAUCCUACCAGGCCAGACAAGUCGCUUAUUCCUGUCUAUCUUGAUGAAGCAACCGCAAUCCGCGAUGACGACUACGAGUACAUCGAGCGUGCCAAGAAAGCCGACCCUGAGAAGAAGGCUCUUCUUGGUGCUGCCAAGCAGGUGAUUCACCUGACCAACCAUAUCGGUACCGAGAUUGUUGGUCUGCAACUUGAGGACCUGACCGACCAGCAAAAAGACGAGCUGGCCUUGUUGGUUGCUGAGAGAGUUGUUGUCUUUUUCAGAGAUCAAAAGCUUUCUCCUCAAAAGCAAUUGGAACUUGGUGAGUACUGGGGGCGUGUUGAGAAGCACCCUCAAGUUUCCCAAGUUAAUGGGUUGCCAGGUAUCACUGUUAUCUGGCAGGAUUACUUCCAAAAGUCGCUUGGAUCCAAUUUCACCUACAAAAAUAUUAAUCUGGGUAACUGGGAUGCCACCAAAAACCGAAUGAGGGGUGCUCAAGUUUGGCACACUGACCUGGUCCACGAGAAGCGUCCUGCUGGUAUCACUCACCUGCACUUGGACGCAAUCCCCGAUGUUGGUGGUGAUACUCUCUGGUCGUCUGGUUAUGCGGCCUACGACAAGCUUUCUGAGAGUUUCAAAAAAAACUUGGAUGGAAAGCAGGCAGUUUACAUUUCUGCGAAUGGCUACUUAGACAGAAAGAAUCCAUUUUCUGGUCCGAAAAAAGUUGAACGUGUUCAUCCUUUGGUUAGGACUCACCCUGCAACAGGAUGGAAGGCACUGUACGUCAACCGCUCUAUGACAAAAAGAAUUGUGGGACUUUCGUCUGUUGAAUCGGACUUGAUUCUGAACUAUCUGUUUGACGUUUACGAGAAAAAUGCCGACAUUCAGGUUCGGUUCAGAUGGACUCCAUCUAAAGAAGGUUACGGCACGUCUGCCAUCUGGGACAACAGAGUUUCGCAGCACAGAUCGACUUGGGACCAUGAAGGAAGACAGCCACGUCACGGAACUAGAGUAACUUCUCUUGCUGAUUUGCCUUACUUUGACCCAGAGUCAAAGUCCCAAAGAGAAGCUCUCGGAUUGCCUUUGGAUGAAAAGGACUUUUUCUAA